AUGAUUGAAGCUCAUGUUGACGUCAAGACUACUGAUGGUUAUUUGCUUUGUCUAUUUUGGGUUGGUUUUACUAAAAAACGCAAUAAUCAGAUUUGGAAGACCUCUCACGCUCAGCAUCAACAGGUCCACCAAAUUCGGAAAAAGAUGAUGGAGAUCAUGACCCGAGAGGUUCAGGCAAAUGACUUGAAAGAAGUGGUCAAAAAAUUGAUUCCAGACAGCAUUGGAAAUGAUAUAGAAAAAGCUUGUCAGUCUAUUUAUCCGCUCCAUGAUAUCUUUGUUAGAAAAGUAAAAAUGCUGAAGAAGCCCAAGUUUGAAUUGGGAAAGCUCAUGGAGCUUCAUGGUGAAGGUAGUAGUUCUGGAAAAGCUACUGGGGAUGAGACUGGUGCUAAAGUGGAACAAGCUGAUGGAUAUGAGCCACCAGUCCAAGAAUCUGUUUAAAAUUCAGACAUUCAAUGGUGACAAAUAAAAAAUCUUAUUUGUGAAAAAAAAAA